UUUGCAAGUCAACUCGUGUGCUCUGUAGCUGAUAGAGGCACCUCAAGCUGAAAUAUUAUAGCUGUAUUGUACUGGAGAACGUGGUGUGACAGCCCCCGGGCUCGGCAAAUGGCCUGCUUCGUAUCGCUGCACUGACGGAGAGUGUCGCCACAUAGGCGUUCAAGCUGACCGGGCGACACAGAAAUCAACUUUGUCUAUUUUUAAUGGACACGCUUCGAGCGGCGGCGGCGGCAACAGCAGCAGCAGCAGCGGCGGCGGCGGCGGCGGGCGGUUUGUUUUCCUUUCGUCUUUAUCUGUAGCUGCUCAAGCAAGCAAGCAAGAGCAAGCCCGUGUGAGCCCCCCGUGUGUCCCUCUGCUCGCCUGGCUACCUCCUACUCGUCCACAGACAGUCACAUUUAGAACAGCAUGGUCAUGGCUGACAGUGUCCAAAAACCGCUGAUCCGGGGUCCGGUCCGAGUGGGCUUCUACGACAUCGAGCGCACUUUAGGAAAGGGCAAUUUCGCUGUCGUGAAGCUGGCCCGACACCGCAUUACCAAGACCGAGGUGGCCAUUAAGAUCAUCGACAAGACACAACUGGAUGCUGUCAACCUGGAGAAGAUCUAUAGAGAAGUUCAGAUCAUGAAGAUGCUUGAUCACCCCCACAUCAUCAAGCUCUACCAGGUGAUGGAGACGAAGAACAUGCUUUACUUAGUCACGGAGUAUGCCAAGAAUGGGGAGAUCUUCGACUACCUGGCAAAGCACGGCCGUCUCAGUGAGCUGGAGGCCAGGAGGAAGUUCUGGCAGAUCCUGUCGGCGGUGGAGUAUUGUCACAACCGCAACAUUGUCCACAGGGACCUGAAGGCGGAGAAUCUGCUCCUGGACGGCCACAUGAACAUCAAGAUUGCAGAUUUUGGAUUCGGGAACUUCUUCCAGCCUGGGGAGCCUCUGGCCACAUGGUGUGGCAGCCCACCUUAUGCUGCUCCAGAGGUUUUUGAGGGACAACAGUAUGAGGGCCCACAGCUUGACAUCUGGAGUAUGGGGGUGGUGCUGUACGUCCUGGUGUGUGGUGCGCUGCCCUUUGAUGGGCCCACUCUGCCUGUGCUCAGACAGAGAGUCCUAGAAGGAAGGUUUCGCAUCCCUUACUUCAUGACUGAAGACUGUGAGCACCUGAUCCGCAGGAUGUUGGUCCUGGAUCCAUCAAAACGUCUGUCUGUGGCCCAGAUCAAGGAGCACAAGUGGAUGGCUCUUGACGUUCCAGUACAGAGGCCUGUCCUGUACCAACAGCCCCUUUCUGCUGAGGGCGAGGCAGGUGUGGGAGAGUACAGUGAACAGGUCCUUCGCCUGAUGCACAGCCUUGGCAUCGACCAGCACAAGACUAUAGAGUCUCUGCAGAACAAAAGUUACAACCACUUUGCUGCUAUCUACUACCUGCUGGUGGAGCGGCUCAAGGCCCAUCGCUGCAGCUUCCCUGUCGAACAAAGGCUCGAUGCCCGCCAGCGACGGCCCAGCACCAUCGCUGAACAGACAGUCGUCAAGUCGACCAGUGGUUCAGCCCAGGUGGGUUUGCUCCCGCAGGGUGUUCGUCUGUUGCGCUCUCCCGCUGUGCCGCAGGCCUCGUCUGAUGCUUUCACCUUCCCCCAGACUGCAUGUCCCCUGGAGCAGAAUUUCAUGGUGGAGGACAUCAGCACGCCCAAAGUGAAUGGCUGCCUGCUAGACCCCCUGCCUCCCCCCACUGUCCUCCGCAAGUCCUCCACCUCGUCGCCUAGCAACAUGAUGGAGAUGUCGAUCGAUGAGGGCAUCGAGACUGAGGAGCCCGACACAGAGGAUGAUCCACCCCACCUGCUCUCAGCUUAUCAGACGGCUCGGUUUGGCCAACGGCGGCACACACUCUCUGAGGUCACCAACCAGCCAGGGCCUACAAACCAGGGUAAAUUGUUCACCCUGGGCCACAACCCCUCCAUGGGUAGUGUGGACUCUGACAUCGGCUAUGACAUGGGCUCCAUGCACAGUGACCUUGGUCUGUUGGAGGAUCCCCCCUCUCUCAGUGAAGUGGUACCGGCCAACAGCUCCACCCCCGGCAUCACUCCUACGCCUUUCUUGAGUGCUCGGCCUGCCAACCCAGCAAUGGCUGCCCUGACUUCCCAGCACAGGGAGACACACAACCGCUCCCCUAUUAGCUUCAGAGAAGGACGCCGUGCCUCUGACACCUCCCUCACCCAAGGUCUGGUUGCGUUUCGUCAGCACCUCCAGAACUUGGCGAGGACCAAAGGCAUUCUGGAGCUGAACAAAGUACAGAUGCUGGUGGAGCAGAUGGGCUCCGGAGAAGGGGCUGCCAUGGGCCCCCUGGGACCACAGCACCACUUGCACAACCUCCUGGAGGGUGAGGCAUCCAAGCAGCAGGAGGGCCUAGCUUUAUACCAAGGCGGGCCGCAGCCGCCUCUCCUGUCCCGCAGACAGAGUUUGGAGACACAAUACCUCACUCAUAGACUACAGAAGGCCAGCGUCCUGGCUAACAGUCCUGCUAGCUGCCAACUUUUCUGUAAGGAGACUCCUCGAAGUUUAGAGCAACAGCUGCAGGAACACAGACUGAACCAGAAGAGGAUGUACCUGCAGCAGCAGUCACAGGGUAUGGGGCUGCAGGCCUACUUCAACCAGAUGCAGAUAGCUGAAGGAUCCUACCCGACAGGCAGCCCUGCUUUGGAUGCAGUGGCGUCUCAAAGUUCCCCUCAGGGCCCCCCCAUGUCAGCCGCCCAUCAGCCUCAGCCCCAGCAGCAGGGCAGUCCUCAGGCCUCGCCUCCCUUCAGUCACCCCCACAGUUUGAGUCCCUUAAUGGAACCGGGCGAGGGCCUCGUUUAUGAUCCCUACAUGAGCCACCACCACUACACCCAACACCUGCCCCCUGGAUCUCACCUCCACCACCAGCUCCACCAUCCCCAGCCUCACGAAGCAUCCGCCAGCGGCCUGGGGUUCAGCUACGCUGCAGGAUGUGAGCAGCAGGCCCUGGGGCCUUCUGCUGAGGCUCUUCACUCAGAGCAGUAUGAGUUCUCGCUGGACCCCACCUCACUGGUCACACCUGCUCUAGGAGAAGCUGAGAACAGAGCUGCUGCUGGGGUUUUAGCUGGUCCAAGGCAGUCAGAUGGCCUGAGCCUGCCUGAGCUGCAGAGCUCCCUCCUGGACAGUGAGAUGAUGGAGACAGUGGACUCUCAGCAUGGCUUCGUACUGGUCAACUAAAGCCAGCUGAGCGGGUUGAUAGAAAGCAGUAUUAAGCAAUGAGAACCUACACAGCAUUAAGAGCAGAGAGAAUGGAGAUAUAAGUGGAGGUCACAAGUGUAGCAACAGGGAAGGAAAAGUGUUAAUUUUUGUACGACUAAUACAAACUUCAUUUCUUAGUUGUGAUGAACCUCAGACAACAUUUCUACCAAAAUCCUCCCUUAGCCUACCUCCCUUUCUCCCUCUCCUCCUCUGUUCUCGUUCUCAUCAGCUCUGUGAGGCAGGAACAGGUCCGAUAUGUGGCGCAGCCUGAGCUUCGCCGCAGCCGACUUGGCGAGGCUGCUCUUGUCACGGAUGUUGUGCCACCCAUGAGGACUGCGCCGUGCAGCCCAGGGAGGGGGAUGGUGCACAUCCUGGAGGCUGCCAGAGUGCAGCAUUUCACCUACAAAUGGUUUGAAAGUGAACUUAUUUAGGGACUGACUGACUGGCAACCAAAAGCACAAUGGCCGGCUGUGCUUUUUGUAUUUAAAGUAAGACACCAUCUACAACACACAUCUCAAAACACUUUUGUGCAUUUUUUUAUUUCAGUAGAUGAAAAAAAAAAAACAAGUGAACAAGAGAAAAUGGCCCUCAUUUAUCACGGUACCAUGGAUAUCACCGCAAAUUCAAGUGUUAAAAGUGUCCAUUUUUAGAAGUUAUUCUACACACUAAUGUGAGUGCAAAGGCUAACAUGAUGGUCGUGCAUAGGGUUCAACACUAACAUUUAGAGUAUUCCUCCAAAAAAACAACAGGUAACUUUGUCAUUUGCCUAAACAAGUACUCUAAACGUGCGGAGUGAAGCACCAUUUGUUGAGCUUUUGCUACAUUUGUGCUUUUAACAGUGAUAAACUCUCUCCAAGCUAUUUUUUUUAGCUAACUGACUAAUGAAAAUAAUAGAUACAACUGCAGGCUUUUGUGUAGGCUAUGUGACAUAAAUAAUACAGUUUUUUGUUUGUUUUCUUUGUGGUUUUUGUAACUUGUAACUACUGAUCCUGAUUUAUUUCUUACACUACUGAACUGCUUUUCCGCCUUUCCAUCCGAUUGCACACACUUGCCAGGUUUCAUUAUACUCGAUGCGAUGAGGAUAAUUAUCCGUUUUUGCAGGCGAAAUGGCCACACGUCUGUUUAGCAGUUGAAUUGUGGGUCAUGUGUUUGCCUGAUAAAUGAGGGCUGACAUAAUUAACGUGUGUUUUGGUUGAGAAGUUGCGGUGACAGUUUAUUCUAUUUUUGUGGCAAUACUGAAGCAAUAUUAAUCCUUAAUGUUGAGGGAUUAUGAAUGGAAGCCUCACCUGUACAGCCAGCUCCGAUUGGUUCCUGGGGACCUCUUGAGUCGUCAGCAGUGACAUCACUUGAGCUGAUGAUGUAACCAGGAGAUAAUCUCUCUCUCUCUCUCUCUCUCUCUCCUCUCUCCCUCUCACUCGCCCUGGAAGUGCAGGGAUGAGUCUGGAGACAUUUGUGUGAAUGUGUGCGCGUGUUUGAGGGUGUGCGUGUGUGAGUUUGAGUGUGAUUAUGUUUGUUUGCACAAUUCAGAAUUCAAAUUUUUCUGCAUCAUUUGUCGUCAUUACUGAAAGAGCCCCCAUUAAAAAUAACACACAGUUGUA